AUGAUUUCUCAUGCUGAAGUCCUAUGGAUCAUCUACUUUAUACAGUUCAUAACUGGUGUCCUUGGGAAUGGCUUUCUUUUUUGCAUAUAUAACUAUAAUUUUAUCACUGGCUACAAGAAAAGACCCAUAGAUCCAAUACUUAUUCAUUUGGCCUUUGUCAAUAUCAUGUUUCUUCUGUUUAGGGGUAUCCCACAAAUGAUAAGAGUUUGGAGACAGGGAGAUUUCCUGAAUGACAUUGAGUGUAAACUCAUAAUUUACUUCCAAAGAGUAUCCCGGGGCCUUUCUCUCUCUAGUACUAGCCUCCUGAGUGUCUUCCAGGCCAUUAUUGUCAGUCCCAGCAGUCUCUUUUGGGCUGAAGUUAAAACCAAAGCCCCAAAUUGUGUCUUCCCAUGCUGCCUUCUCUCUUGGAUUUUUAAUCUGUUGAUAGAUGUAUUUUUACUUGUCUAUGUGACAGGUCCAAGGAAUAACACAACCAAAGAGAGAAUGAAUUUGGGGUACUGUUCUCUGGAUGUACAUUCUGUGAGUUCUUUAAAAGUUAUAAUCUGGAAGUCUCUCUAUGAUUUUAUAUUUGUGGGUAUAAUGGCUUGUAGUAGCAUAUACAUGGUAUAUUUCCUAUAUAGACACCAUUGUCAGGUCAAGCACAUUCACAACACCAGUCUAUCUUCCAGUACAUCCCCUGAGAUCCAAGCCACUAAAUCCAUCCUGCUGUUGGUAAGCUCUUUUGUCUGCUUUAAUGUAAUCAGUGGCCCAUUUAUUCUUCAUAUGGAACGUUCUCAAGGAAUCAUUUCCUGGGCAUACUAUGUCUCUUCUCUUCUUUCAGUGUCUUUCCAAUCAGUUAGCCCCUUUGUGCUGCUCAGCAGUGACAUUCGGAUUCCCAGAUCCUGCUGUAUUCUCUAA